AUGAGUUCCAGAUCCCACAGAUUACUGGCUCUUGCCAAAAAGAAAGCAGAUCAACAAAUUGUUCAAGAAGCAGCAUCCCGGGAAGAUCUAAGAUCGUCUGCAGCAUUCUCAGGACAUCACAGUCCGACUGUUGCAUCCCCGGAAAAUCUAAGCCCACCUGCAACAUCAACAGAAAAUUUAAGUCUAGCUGCAGCAUCCCCAGAAUAUCUAAAUCCGCCAGCAGCAUCUCCGGAAAAUCCACGUCCGUCUACUUCUGGACUACAAGGAAGAUUUGAACAUCUAUCAUCCUCAGAAUCCGACCCAUUUGAGGAUUCUGAAGAGUCCUAUAGGCCCUCAGAUGAGCAGGAUGUGAUGAAAAAUGCUAUUUCUGAUGAUAACAGUUCUGACGAUUACUCUAGUGACAACAGUUCGUCAAGCGAUACAGACUUAAAAGCAACAGUAAAUCCUCCCAAAUGA